UCAACAGGCAGAAGUUGUGUAAUGAACAAGAAUUCCAGCUGCACGUUUACUUCAACAGAAAUGAAAGACAUCUACUCGAUGAUUGCGGAACUAAACAAACGUGCAUCUGCUCACAAAGACAUACUUCCCCAGCUCCGGGCGCUACAACAGCAAUGCCGUGAUAAAUACAAUCAGCUGACCAAAAGGAAAAUCUUACUGAGGGCACAAGAUAAGAAAAUGGCAAUGCUGACAAAAGACCAAGUUUCCAACGACGACACGAUGAGAAGAUGGUUGAAUUACAAAAUGAAAGUAGAACGUUCCACUUACGCCCACAACAUCGCAACGAACAACUUCCGGGAUAUGUUGUACAAAGAGAGACGUCUUCGCCUUGAUAUGGAGGAGCUCAAGCACGAACUCCAUCAAAUCUUGUGUGAGAAAAUUGAAAGAAGAUUCCAGGAAACUUUGGAAAAGAUGGCAACGACUAUCGACCUUGUUGACUUGAACCGAAGUAAUGCUCGGUACCAGUCAGUAAAGUCAUAUAUACAGACCAUCGAUGUACGAGAAAUGGCCGACAAUAUGCUUCGGAAUGGCAGUGUUGAAUAUGAAUAUCCGAAUAUCCAAGAAAUUAUAGAGGCUACUGGGUUCUUGGAGCCAUUACCGAAGGGUCGCAUGACGUCUUGGAGGCUACAGGAACACAAGAUGGCGGACAAUGAUUUCAUAACCCCAUCACUACAGAGUGUGGAUGAUGAAAUGGACACUGGUUUAGAUAGAAAUACGAACAACGGACGUUACCUAAGAACUGUGGGAUCGAAACAUUUACCUGGACCGGAGUUUUUAAAGCUAAAAAAAGAUCAAACGUUCAAACAGAAGUUGACCGUGAUGGGUGGUGAAGUAGCAUUUGGCUGGUCAAGGAAGGGUCAGUUUGGUCAGAAGAAGUGGGGAUUUUGUGACACUCGACUAGUCCUCAGGGUGGUGUGA